AUGACGCAGAAUCAGAAGCGCGUCGCAGUAGUCGGUGGUAUGAGCCCCCUUUGCAAAAGCCACAGCGUCACAGUCUUUGAGCGCUACCAGUACGACAAGAACAAAUAUGAGCCAGAUGAAGACGAGAAGGUCCAGGCAGCUUCGGUCGAUGUUAACAAAAUAGUAAGUGGCAGACCAGCCGGCGACAUUGCAAGUCACGACGGGUUUCUGACCAAGCAGUUCCGGGCUUCCUAUGGCAAAAAGCUGCAUUAUCAAAGAUUGGCAAUGGAAAGUCGAGAAGCAUGGCUGAGAAUCAAUCAAGGCCUGGCUGACGCACUUUUUGUCGAAUGCGGAAUGCUUCGUGUUCAGCCUUCCGACGAGUUGGCAGCCUUGGAGAAGGAAACACUCGCCAACAUGCAACGGGACGGCUUCCGAGACACCCAAUUUGUCAAAAGCAAUGCCGAUGAUCGGGAGCGUGCAGCAAGGCUUGGGUGGGAGGGGAAGCUUCUUGAUUUUGAAAUUCCAGGCAGCACAGAUCACAAGACCUUUGAUGCUGUACUCGAUUCCCUUGGGGGCCUGACGAGAUGCAGCGCUGCCUGCUAUCAUUUCUACAAGUUGGCUGUGAGUGCGGGUGUCGAGUUUGUAUUUGGUUCAGAGGAGGGAACCUUUGCAUCAUUUAUUGAGAAAACAAGCACCGUGGAGGAAUCCAAAAGCAAGGUUGUUGGGUUAAGAACAAAAGAUGGGAAAGCUCACGAGGCAGAUGUAGUCGCCAUUGCAGCGGGCUCGUUCUCGACACAGCUCUUAUCGAAACUCUCCUACCAUCUAGAGUCCGCCGCUGGCAGCUUGGUGACCUUCAAGAUCGACCCUGAAAACAAAGCACUUUGGGACAAAUAUUCUCCAGAGAAAUUUCCAGUCAUUACCUGGAAAAGCGCUCCUCGCGCCAAAGACGGAAAAGAUACUGGGAGUAUUUACGUGUUUCCAAGAACUUCCGAUGGUAUUAUCAAGAUUGGAUAUCGUGGUGUCAAGUUUACCAAUUUUGAGAAGGCACCUGACGGGGUUCCUUUCACGCAAGACGGUCAAUGGUCGAUUCCUCUACCGUAUGAGGAUUGCAAAACCGUUCCGGCACAAGCGGAGGAAGCGAUUAGAACGUUCGUGUCCAUCUUCCUGCCAGAGUUUGACAAGGCCAACUUUGACACGACCAAGUUGUGCUGGUACACUGACUCCUUGGACAACUCGUUUGUUGUCAGUUACUCAAGAUCCAAGGAGACGUAUAGUAAGCGUGGCUAA